AUGCAUGGCCCCUGCAGACAGUGCAAGGGCAGGGCAGGCAGGGAGAAACUGCCUGAGAAACAUGCUGGACUACUGGCUGAGAGUCAUCUAGUUCUUUCCAAACAUUUUUUUCUCCGAGCCUCACCAUUCUACUCAGCAUUCUGCGGUGGGUCCUGUCAGCACCCUGUAUCCCCCACUGCUUUUCCAAGAGAGGAAAGCAUUCUGCCACUGUUGACCCAGGACUCCAACUCUAAAGCCCGGAGAGGAAUUUUAAGAAGAGCUGUCUUUUCUGAAGACCAGAGAAGAGCUUUGGAGAAGAUGUUUCAGAAACAAAAAUAUAUCAGCAAAACAGACAGAAAGAAACUCGCAAAUAACCUGGGUCUGAAAGAGUCACAGGUGAAAAUUUGGUUUCAGAACCGAAGGAUGAAAUGGCGUAACUCCAAAGAAAAAGAAGUGCUUUCAAACAGGUGCCUCCAAGAAGAGGGUCUUCAAGAGAACUACCUCUCAAGAGCCACUCUGAAUUUUAGCUCCCCAUGCCCUUCUGUGUGGGAAAUGUCUCAACAGCAGGCAAGUCCAAGAUGGAGGGAGAGUUCUCCAGAACCUUCAGAAAGACUGAAUAAUAGAAAUAGUGUGCAGCCACCUCAAAGAGCAGAUUCAUUUCAGGGCACAUUGUAUUUGUAUCCUGAACAUGACGAUGGAGACAAGACAGUUGCAUCAUCAGUAUAAAGGAAUGAUGGAGUUCUGCAAAUUGAUCCAAUAACAGACUUUAAAUGGUUGGUCUUUUAAAACUAACAGCGUUCAACAUUGAAAAGCUAACUAGUUUAUACCUCAUCAGUUACUAAAAUCUAACACCAUUACAAUGACAAACAAUUAAUGCUGCAAGAAAUAUUCUUUAAUAUUCAAUUUAUUCUCAUGUUUUUUCUGGUCUUAUAUGGAACAUAAAAGUAAAUUAGGAAGGAAUGGUAAGUAAAAGGAAACGAAGACUAUGAAACUGACAUUUUGCUUCGAUUUUCAUACUGUGCUGUAUACACAUAUUCAUUAAAGCACAUUGAUACCAUACUUUUUUUCUUAUUGUAGUCAGACUCAUUAAGUUUUUCCCCCCCCC